UCAGCCGAGGGUUCUGUGUUUGCUUUACGCUGCUCGCUACAGGGGAGUCUGAUGUAGGGGAAAAGAAAACCCUGAAGCCACUACAUGGCAGUGCAUGUGAGAGGAGCAGGUCGCGCGGUCACAUCCACCUCAGUUCACUAUGCGCUCGCGCUGCUGAGAGCUACUGGCCGGUAGACUGCAGGACAGCGGGACAGAGGCACGAGCACGCGCGCUUUCAGCUUUCAGACCCGGAAUGGAGGCGGCUGCCGACGGGGCGAGCAGCCUGGCUGAGGCCGAGGAUGGCAGCCCGUUAUCCGACGACGAACCGGAGUCUGGGAUCUGUGACAGCCCAACGAUGGAUACAGGUGAUCCGGAUGCUGUCAAAAAGGCUUUCAUCACAGAGAUGGCAUCAUCUUCAGGCCAGCCAGGCCUCGGGAAAAAGAUUGGACACAGAGGAGUGGAUGCUUCUGGAGAGACGACGUACAAGAAGACCACAUCAUCAGCACUAAAAGGAGCCAUCCAGCUCGGCAUCGGCUACACGGUGGGCAAUCUGAGCUCCAAGCCUGAGCGGGACGUCCUCAUGCAGGACUUCUAUGUAGUGGAGAGCAUCUUCUUCCCUAGUGAAGGGAGCAACCUGACACCUGCCCACCACUUUCCAGACUUCCGCUUCAAGACGUAUGCUCCUGUGGCUUUCCGUUACUUCAGGGAGCUGUUUGGAAUUCGUCCCGAUGACUAUCUGUACUCUUUGUGUAACGAGCCUCUGAUCGAGUUGUCGAACCCAGGAGCCAGCGGUUCUGUGUUCUAUGUUACCAAGGAUGACGAGUUCAUCAUCAAGACCGUCAUGCACAAGGAGGCUGAGUUCCUUCAGAAGCUUCUGCCUGGAUAUUACAUGAACCUUAACCAGAACCCUCGCACAUUGCUGCCCAAGUUUUUCGGUUUGUACUGCGUGCAGUCCGGAGGAAAGAACAUCCGGGUGGUGGUGAUGAACAACAUCCUGCCCAGGGUGGUACGCAUGCACCUUAAAUAUGACCUCAAGGGCUCCACAUACAAGCGCCGGGCCUCCAGAAAAGAGCGAGAGAAGGCAAGGCCAACGUUUAAAGACCUUGACUUCAUGCAGGACAUUCCUGAGGGCUUGAUGCUGGACGCGGACACUUACAGCGCCCUGGUCAAGACGCUCCAGAGGGACUGCUUGGUGCUGGAGAGUUUUAAGAUCAUGGAUUACAGUUUGUUGCUGGGGCUGCAUAACCUGGACCAGGCUGAGACAGAGCAGAACACUGACGGCUCGCAGAGCAGCAGUGACGGGAAGAGACCACCAGCCCAGAAAGCCCUCUACUCCACCGCCAUGGAGUCCAUCCAGGGAGCCUCGGCCUGCGGAGAGGACGUCGACACAGAGGACACGAUGGGAGGCAUCCCGGCAGUGAACAGUAAAGGAGAGCGUCUGUUGCUGUACAUUGGCAUCAUUGACAUCCUGCAGUCUUACAGGCUAAUAAAGAAAUUAGAACACACAUGGAAAGCUCUCGUUCAUGACGGGGACACAGUGUCUGUUCACCGGCCUUCUUUCUAUGCAGACAGAUUCUUCAGAUUUAUGAGCAGCACAGUAUUUCGAAAGAGCACUUCCUUGAAGUCCUCUCCCUCAAAGCGUGGUCGCGGAGGCCUUGCUGUGCUCAAAUACUCAGGGCCUGGAGCUGCAUGGUCAAUCAGCCAGCUUCCCUCCGAGAGAGACGACAGCAUUUACGACCUGCGAGGGGCCCGUAGCUUCCCCACGUUGGAGGACGAAGGACGCUCAGAUGUGCUUCCCUGCACACCUCCAUCGUUUGAAGAUGCCACCACAGCCUCCAUCGCCACUACACUCUCCUCCACCACCUCUCUCUCCAUUCCCGAGCGCUCCCCAUCUGACACCUCUGAGCACCCACGCUACAGGAGACACACCCAGUCUAGCCAAGACGGAACGACUCAGGAGGAAGAUCAGCAGACCAUCACAGUAGAGGUGGAGUUGAAGAGACAAGACAGCGAGCCUACACUAAUAGCACCACAACCUUCUCCAGAAACAAGUGAAGAACCGGAGCUACAUGCUGAAGCUUCCUGUUCCACAGUUCCUGCGAAUCCUAAAAUAGUGGUGGACUCAGACUGCACUAGUCAAGCCUCUGGUUGCCCCAGCCACUCCUCUGUAGACGAGGAUGAUGAUGUGCCAAUUACUGAUAUCUACUUUCCUCCGGAGGAGAGGAGCUGGGUUUAUUCUCCUCUGCACUACGCUACAGAGUCUAGGACUCUGCCCACAGGGGAUGAGGACAGCGAUACCGUAAGUGACUGUUGGUGGCAGAGCUGCCCGGGAUGUCUGAUUUGGAUAUUUGCCAGCUUAAAGACUCUCUUGUUGUGUCAAUCGUUAUUUCACAAUCCCUCAUGAUUGAUUUAUCAUAGCUGUUUUGUUUAUUUCUGUAGAUUUUAAUACAGUGGUGUCAUCCGCAUGGAGAGGGUUCAGGUGUCUGUGUGUUUUUACUUUUCUGUGCAUGCUUGUACUCUUGGUUUUUACAAUCAUAUUUCUGUUCUCAUCUAUAUUGAAUGUGUAUUUGAUCAGUUGAAAGCGCAAAUACCUUUAAUUUUACAGUAUUAUGAUGUAUUGUGAUCAGUUUAGCGACAGCUGCUCUCAUGUCUCGUCCACAGCAGUGAGUGUGACAACUCCGGAGAUCGAUCAAGCGUGACGUGGCUUCCAACUCAACUGACUAAACUUCCUACAACAUUUUUAAGUGACUGGUGUCUUCGAUUCUCAUCCCAUCCUGAUCCAGAACUACUUGCAGGCUGCAGUGUGAAGCUUUGUGUUGAACGUGCACUAGCGUCAUUCCCCUGUUUUCCUCCCGUCAUUCCAUCUAUGACUAACAGCACCACACCAACCAGUAAUAACUGUAUCCUUAGAGAUAACAUUCCUGUAAUUCAUAAAACGUUUUUUAUUUGGUUUUUUACUUUUCUAUGUGUGUGAUUCUCUGAGUGUGAUACUGUGAACAUGCUUUUCAUAUGUAUAGAUAAAACGUUUGGUGUGUAAUGUGAGUUUGGAGGAAGCUUGCUCUGUAUUCUACAAUUAACUUCACUCAGUGAUAUAAUGAACUAUUGGUAAUGUUAUACUUUCAGCUAUAUCAGGGGUGGACAAAUGAUAAAUUUAUUAGCCAACCCACCAGCCCAGAGUUCUUACCCAGUCUGAUGUUUUGGAAACCUGAUUAACCAAGCUAAAAACUGGUACCUAACAUAAUGUAGUAACAUAUGGCCAGGUAGUAAGUUAGUACUUUAAUACAAACUAAAGGAAUCAAAUUAGUAUAUGAAUUCCAAGGGAGGGGAUGACUCUGACGAUGUGUUUAUCCUCCCCUGAUUUAGUUUGCAGUGUAGCACGUUGUGUUUGCAAACAUGACUAAACGUCACUAAGUUGUUGCUGAGUGCUUCGGCUGUGAGAUGUGGUGUUCUCUCCUCACAUCACGAUUAAAAAUAUGACUUAAGUCGGGCUAGCAUCUUUCAACAUGUUCAACACGUAUUUCCUGUCAACAUGUUUAACUGAGAGGUGACUGAGAGUUAGAUGACCGUGAUGCACUUUGUUUUGCUCAGUUUCACCUGUGUGUUUUCAAUUCUGUAAGAUUGUCCGUCAUCUGUGUGCACUAAUUAGUUUACCUAGUAUAAAACAUCCUACCAGCACCGUGGCGGAUGUGUGUAGUGCAGCAGGUGGUGGAAUUCAGAAGCGUCGUACCAAUAUAAAGCACAGUAGGUUUAAACAGAAAUACCAAAUGAAAAUGUUAGUUUUUAAAUAGUUCAUGGGAAGUAAAUAUUAGUUCCAUAAUCUUAUUGAUGAACCUAAUUGUCCAUUUGGUAACAAUGAAUCACUUGCUUACCCCGGGUACCCAGGUUAGUAAUUUGUUCACCUCUGCAUAUAGACCGUUAUCUCUAAAUCUUAUGGCCUCAUGCAUAACGUUGGUCAAACAUUAUUCAGGACAACAAUAUCAUGACACAUGGGACAGAAAGACAGUUGCUUUAAACCGUUCUAUUUUUUUUUUUUUUUUUUUUACUGGAGUUAACACACCCUUCUAGCUCAGCAAUGCAAAUUCACACAAGUGAGAGGAACAUGAUUAACAAACAGCAACAUGCUCCAACUAAACAGCAAGAGCAAUGAAACAAAUUUGUUCUCAAAAGGAAUAUUCCAGCGUUCUUGAUUUCCCCAACCUAAUCUCUCUAUAUACCACAUGUGUAAUUCAUAGGCAGAUAGUCGUGACAACAGUAUUGACAUUUCCUUGUACAGAGAAAAGAACAAAAAGCCUAGGGGCAGAUGAUCAAUUCUGUCAAAACAACAUUUAUAUUAUACAACUGUAUAAGGUGAAUGAACAAC